AUGGCCAAGAAAGGAGGAAAGAACAAGAAGAAGAAUAACAACAACAACAACAACAAUAACAAUAAGCAACGACUACCAGUAAACGACAAUCAACUAUCAAACCCAGAGAACAGCCCUACUAUCGAGCCCGCCCCGGACACGGCGGUUGAAUCUGCAGAAAAUGGGGAAACCGAUCCAACCUUCGACCGUCAGACUUUUCAGUUUUCAUUUUAUCCUGUCGCUUCUACAUCAACAGACGAUCUGACACCUGACAAUGUUCAGGGCAACAACCCCGCUGAAGCAGGCAAUGUUCCAGAAGAAGGAUCAAGUAGUUCCCCGGCUGACACUGCAUCAUCCCCUGAGGCUGCAGGUUCUUCUGAAGCGACAACGCCGUCCGCCGGUCCCGUAGAAACCCCCGGCGAGGCUGCUGCUGAGCCAGUCGAAGAAAAAGGAGAGCCGGGUGCAGAAACCAACGACGCAACCCAAACGCCCGAGGAUGAGAGCGCCUCAGACGACAAGAAAGACGAGCCGCCAGCUGAGGACUCGGCUCAGCAUGCAGAAGCGGAGCAAGAUGCUACAGAGGCUUUGAAUCCAAGCGCACCGGAGCAGGAUUCUCAAGAGCCGAAGAAUGAUACUGAUAUCUCAGAAGACGGUCCUUCUGCUGACUCAGAUACACCCACACCCGAAAAUGAAGAAGUUGCGGAACAAGUAUGUGAAGAUGCUAAGGCAGAAGAAGAAUCAGCAGGCAAAGAGAGUGACCUUGACAAGGGCUCUAAAGAGACCGAGCCAGUACCGGCUCUUCCUGAAGAGGAAACAAAUGGCCCACCUACAGAUGCUGGAGCUACUCCGCAGCCUGCAGAUGAGCCCGCAGAUCCCGAUGAGACAGGCAACACUUCGUCCGAUGGUCCAGCGACAGAUUCAAGUACCAAAGAUCAUCCACCUGACCCUGCUCCUGAAACCGAAACAUCAACCGAUAAGGCGUCAACAGAUGAGCCGACAGCUACAGAGACUCAAGAGGAAAGUACAGCUUCCGCCAACCCUGGUAUUGACACCGAACCAAACCUAGCAGAGUCUACGGAUACAGUAGAGUCGGGCUCUGGAGAAACGGUGGUUGAUGAAGUUGCCGCGGACGGGGAGAGUAAAGAGAGUCCCCCAGCAGAACCUGUGGAAGACGUACCCGCUGUCGAAGAGCCUGCGCCUGUGGAUACCAAUGAAGGCGCUGUCUCAGGCAAAGGCAAGAAGGGAAAGAAGAACAAGAAGAAGAAGAAGAAGGGCGCUGCAGCCGUGGAAGACCCUCCCUCCACACCUCCGCCUCAGGAAUCAGAACCGGAACCGGUCGAGAAUCCUGUUGCCGCCGAAGCAGAAGUCGAACCUGAGGUCAAAGAAACAGAAACAGAAGCGGCAACAAGUACAUCAAGCGAGGCAAGCGACAACACAGAAGACGCUGCUGAAACGGGUCCCUCUCCCAAUGAAGACCAAGCUGAUUCUGGAGCCGAUGCUGAUACGGACGAUAAGAACCCUGAACCUGCGGCAGAGGGGCCCACUACUGAAGAACCCGUUCCUAGUGAUCCUUCUGUGAAUAAACCUAGCGAUGGAUCUGAUGCCCCGGAAGAUGCCGAGCAUGUCACAGAUGACUCUGAAGAACCGCCAGCCGAGUCAUCUCCAGAAAAGGGAGCUCCUGAAACAGAAGAAUCCCCGGAGGCAAUACCACAGGAACUGCCAAAAGCGGAGCUACCGGAGGAUACUGCACCUGAGGUGGAUGAGGGUAAUGCUGGUGAAGCGGCUCCAGAGAUCUCUGCAACUGACGAAAAGCCUUCUGAAGAAGAAAGCCCGGUUGAAGAGCUGGCCAACACGGAACCUGCUGAACAAGCACUGGCUGAUGAGGGCGUAGACGAGGCAACAGCAGAGCCCACGGCUGAGGAAACUCCUGCAGAAGUUCCAGUCAAUAUCGAAGAAGCAGCAAGCGACGAACAUACUUCUGACGCAGAAGGUUCCGGAGAAGCACAAGUUGAAACCCCAGCUACUACACCAGAGCCACAGGAAGAUCUAGUGGAAGAAGACAAGGCAGUAGAGGAGGCCUCGGAGGAGCCCUCCCCAGCUAAUGACGCUCCUGUGGAGAAGUCCGACGAUCAGAAGGCUUUGUUGGGGGAAGUGGAUGCCUCCAAGGAAAUUCCUACUACAGAUUCGCCGGAAGAAACAAUCUCGGAAGAGCUGGUCACUGUGGAGGAGCCUCAGGCCGAUGAUCCUUCUCCUGUCACUGAAACUGUUGCAGCAGAGCCUGCUCCAACGGAAGAGCCUCAUGUUACCGAAGAAGCUCCUGUCACCGAGGAACCUGCUGCUGCUGAAGACGUCCUUGUCGAGGAAGCGCCUGCUGCCAAGGAAUUGCCUGUCACCGACGAGGCUCCUGCUGCCAAAGAAACUCCAACUACUGAACCCGCUGUUACUGAAGAGGCUCCUAUUGAAGAAGCCCCUGUCGAAGAAACGCCUCUCGCAGAAGAAGUCCCUACUGUCGAGGAAGCUUCCGAGCCAUCCACUAUUGAAGAAGCUCCCGUGACUGAACCUGCUGCCAUUGAAGAGGUUCACGUUGAAGAAGCCCUUGUCGAAGAAUCACCUGUUGCUGAUGAGCAACUUGCGACUAAGGAAGUGCCUUCUGAAGAAACCCCUGUUGCUGAAGAACCUCCCGUGGUUGAGGAUGAGCCUGUUGAGGAAGUAUCUACUCCUAAAACAGAACCUGUUAUCGAAGAAACUCCUGCUGUUGAGGAGCCUGCUGUUGUUGAAGAAAUCUCUGCUGAAGAAGUACCUGUUGAAGAAGCCCCAGUUCCUGAGGAACCUGCUGCUGUCGAAGUUCCUGUUGCAGAAGCUCCAGCUCCUGAAACCCCAGUUCUUGAGGAGCCUGCUGUUGUUGAGGAAGUACCUGUCGAAGAAGCUCCUGCUCCCGAAGCUUCGAUCCCUGAGGAGCCUGCUGCCGUUGAGGAAGUUCUGGUUGAGGAAACGCCUGCUCUGGAAGCUCCAGUUCCUGGGGGGUCUGUUGCUGCUGAAGAAGUCGCUGUUGAAGAAGUGCCCGCGUCAUCUGUAUCGAGAGGAGCCCCCGUUGAUGAAGUCUCAGAGGUUGAAGAGGUCCCGGUAGAAGAGGCUCCCGCUGAAGAAACCCCUGCCACUGUAGAGCCUCCUGUUGCCGAUGAAGUCCCUCCCGUCGAGGCUCCUAUCCAACCCGCUCCGGAAAACACUCCAGCUGAAGAACCUGAGCCGGCUGAGGAACCCGCAGCGGACCCUCCAGUCGUUGAGUCUGCACCAGCUGAUCCUAUUAUCAUUGAACGCGCCCCCGUCAGCGAUGAGACACCUCCUGAAGAUUCUGUUACCGAUGAACCAACCGUCGGAGAGGCACCUGCAGAAGAGCCAGUACUUGAAGAUCCAGCUGCUGAAAGAGAGUUGUCCGAAGAGGCGACAGAUCCUACAAGCGAAUACCCAGAUACCGUUGACUCACUCAAAGAUGACCCCUCGACUACAACCGAAGCCGCCGCUGGAAUUGCAGCUGGAGCUGCCGCCGGAGCUGCCGCCGCCGGUUUGGCUCAUGGCCACAGAAAGAAAAAGCGACGAACAGCCGACAUGGACCGUGAGCGUGGUCAUCCCAAGAGCUCAUCUGACGAAUAUCCGCCUCGGCUGGAACGACAGAAGAGUACUAAACGCGGCGGUAUCUUUACAAACCGGUGGGCAGAAGCCUUGGAUGAGGCGAAGCGGCAGCAUGAGAAGAAGGUCAGACAUGAAGAGAGACGGAAAGAGAAGACGGUUGUAGUGGAAAGGGAGCCACGUCGUUCAUCAGGACGCGAAAAGGAGCACGAGCGCGUGAGACGGUCCGAACGUACUGAGCGCUCUACAAGAGAAAAAGAACCUGUGCCUGUCAAGACGAGCACAAAGGCUUCAGAGCACUCUAGCGGCAGGGAUCGCGAGCGAAGCGGAAGCUCCUCAUCAAGACACGCGCAGCCCUCAGCGCCACAGCCCAGGGCUUUCCUGAAGUACAUGACAUCAGGGGAGUCAGACACCAAACCCCUACUGAAAAUAAGCGGGGACAAAGCUGCCGCAAAUAUCUAUGAGCCUCAUAGGAGAUCUUCCACGAGCCGUUCCCAUGGCCACCGUCACUCUCACGAAGGACGAGGCACCACUGAACGCUCCAGCGGAUCUCAUCAGACCGAAGAAGAAGAUCGAGCUCGACGUGAAGCUCGCAGAGCUCGCAGAAAAGCUGAAGAAGAAGAGCAGGCAACGCCGAAGGAAGAACCUGAGCAACGCCAUCACCGUCAUAGCGGAGAAGGACAUCAUCGUCACCAUCGGCACAAACGUGCUCCGUCUCCUCCAAGGAGCGGAAGUUCCAAGCUAAAAGGCUUUUUUAAGUCAGCUAUUGCUGCACAUUAA